AUGGAGUUGCAGAGGAGUACCUCCAUUGCUGAGCUUGAGAAGACGAGCGUGAGACACAGUUGGAACCUUUGUAACAAUUUUAUCGGGCAACAGGGUGAAAAAUGUGCCCUUCAAUCAUUUCCAGAAACGCAGAAACAAGUUAAACUGGUUUCGUUUGAGGUUCCGAGGACUCGAAUCAGUGACAGGAUAAAGAAGCUUCAGGAACUGGUUCCCAAUAUGGACAAGCAAACAAAUACUACUGACAUGUUAGAGGAAGAAAUUGAGUAUAUCAAGCACCUACAAAAACAGAUUCAGGAAUCCCAUUGCAUAAUUCUGCAAAGUGUUAAAUAUGAUUCAUAA